AUGUCAAGAGAAAUUAUUGCUCAAGUUGAAAAGAUUCUGAAUAGUAGUAUCCAGUUGACCCCUCUGUCUCAAGGGGCUGAAGCUGUUGUUUUUACCACUUCUGUUCACCCAUAUUCACAAUCUCAUCAACAAGAUGCAAAAUAUGUUUUAAAGUAUCGACCACCAAAGACUUACAGGCAUCCUAUUAUCGAUAAAUCGCUGACCAAACACCGUACUUUAAGCGAAGCUAGGCUAUUGGGAAAAUUAUAUCUUAUUGAGGGUUUAAAUGUUCCAAAGAUGAUUGCUUGUGAUGUGUACAAUGGUUGUAUUUGGCUAGAAUUUUUAGGAGAAAUGUUGCCAAAUGACUAUGGAUUCAGCAAUUUGAAAAACUUUUUAUGGAUGAAUUCCAAGGAUCCUUAUAAUAAAGCUAUUGAAGAUAUUCUUCGGAAAGUUGGAGAUCAAAUAGGUCUCCUUCACUGGAACGACUUCUGUCAUGGGGACCUAACGAGCUCAAAUAUAGUUCUAGUAAAUGACAAGGCUACGGAUCAAUGGCGCCCAUACCUAAUUGAUUUCGGAUUGAGCUCUACUUCUAAUCUAGUUGAAGAUAAAGGUGUUGACUUAUAUGUUCUCCGAAGAGCUAUUGACAGUACCCACUCUGCAUACUCAGAAAGAUAUUUUCAAUGGAUUAUAGAAGGCUUCAGUGCUGUGUACACAGCUAAUGGGACGCAAGGCGAAGCCAAAUUGAAAGAUCUACUUAAGAGGUUCGAAGAUGUUACGCAACGAGGUAGGAAGAGAAGCAUGAUAGGCUAG